ACCAACACUACCAAACCAACACUACCAAACCAACACUACCAAACCAACACUACCAAACCAACUCCAACAUGACACAUCACACUGACAACAAGCCCUCCACCAUGGACACCAUCAAGGAUAAGGCCGCCAACCUCGUCAACAAGGUCACCGGCAAGACCCACGAUGACACCACCGGUACUCACCACACUGGAAUUCAUGACACCACCGCAACCGGCAUCCACAAGGACCACAACCCCCUUCACAAGGACCAUAACCCCCUCCAUACCGGUGCCGCCACCGCAGACUACGCAGCUCCCCAGGGCAACACUGCCGACCGCCUUGCCUACCAGCCUCAGACCGGUGUUCCCGCUCCCGUGACCGGCACCCAGACUCAGGGUGGCCAUCACCAUCGCGGAGCCGAGGCCGCCGCUCUCGGUGCCACCGGCGCUGCCGUUGCUGGCCAUCACCACGAGCACAACAAGCACAACCUUGGUACCAACGUUGGCACCACCGGUGCCACUGGCGUUCCUGGCACCUACAACAACAACACGGCUCUCGGUGUAAACAACUCCACAACUACCGCGGUUCCCGGUGGCGGCAUCGCCCAUCCUGUCCCCGCUGGCCCCACCGGCACAAGCCAGGUCCCGACCUACGCCCAGAACAUCGCCCCCGUGGCCUCCGGCGUCGUCCCUACGGCCUAUGCCGCAGACCAGCAGACCCAUGAGCACAAACACCACGGUAUCCUCGGUCACCACAACAACAACAACAACAAUAACAACAACACUCUGACAGGUGAGCACCAUCGCAUUCACCCUGGUGCCGAGGUUGCUGCCGCAGGAACUACAGCCCACCAGUAUGAUAACAACUACAACAACAACGUACCUUCGUCGACCACCACUAACACCGUCCCUGCCAUGGGCGCCCCCGGCACCACUACCGCUGCAGGCACCCACAUCCCUGGCGAGUACAAUACCACUGGUUCCUCUGGUAUUGGUGCCGCAUACGGCGCUGGAAAGGGUGUUGGCACUCAGAACAUCCCUGGCGACUACAACACCGCCAACACUACUGCCAACAACGCCAUCAAUCCCAACUCUGCCGACCGCGGCCGUUAUGUUGUCUAAAUCUUGACAACAUUAUGGAAGACGAAAAAGCAUUUGUAUAUAACUGUGUAUGAUAUUUUUCUGAAUAAAAUAACAUGAUGCUUCGUGUGUUCGACCGAACACACGACACGCGCCUUUAUUCA